AAUUUUAAUGGAUGUUGUAGAUGCUCUCAACUGCUCCCUACUCAACAUCAACUUUCCUUCAGAGUCAAAUGAAAUUCUAAACAUCAAGGCGCAGUUUACGCGUGUGGCCAACUUCCCAAAUGUUGUCGGCGCAAUAGAUGGUACACUGAUUCCAAUCAUGGGGAUGUCAGGGGAUGAUGAACAUGUAUUUGUUUCACGAAAAGGUUUUCAUGCCAUAAACGUCCAAGGUGUCGUCACUGGAGACCUGAAAUUUAUCAACAUAGUAAGUAAGUAUGGUGGUGCCACACAUGACUCCUACAUACUUACUAACUCAGGCAUUCCUGCAUUAAUGGAUAGACUGGAAGGGGGAGGCUGGCUCUUGGGAGACAGUGGCUAUCCAUUAGGGCCCUGGCUGAUGACGCCAAUUCUUCACCCGACAACACCACAAGAGGAAAGGUAUAAUGCCAGUCACGCGAAGACGAGGAACUGUGUCGAGAGAGCCUUUGGUGUCCUCAAGUCUAGAUUCCGGUAA